AUGGACACCGAGGGUGAAAAUGUUGUGGCAGAAGAUUUGGACCCGGGCGAGGGAAGCGCGGCUGCACCUGUGGUCUGGGACAUCGACGGGAAGAAGGGCAUCGUCCAUGUACCCCGACAACAACCUGUCGAGUUCAACUCGGAUUCCGAAGUGGCCACUGCUGCAAUCGGUGUCUACCUGCGGCCAACUAUCAAGCAUGACCUGUCAGUGGACGCGAUCGUCAAGCCAGACGUUGUGGUGACAAUUGCGGCCAAACAUCCGUGCAAACAAAAGGAUCUGAACGACGUAUUGAACCUGCUUGGAAACCCUCCAGCACCACGACUCUUCUUCGUUGUCCCACCGAAUGGAUUUGCUGAUUUCCAGUAUCAACAGUACGUCACGCAAGAAGGCACGCCCACGACACAUCUUUCCGCGAGCGUACGCAGCAUACACCAAUAUGUCAUGCAAGUCACGCCUUCCGUGCAAGCUGGGAUGACGCAGCAUCCGAGUUCCGACGAAGGUACAAAAAAGCGACUUCGUGACGAGUAA